AAUUGCUGUUAUGGCAACUCAGGUGCUGGGGCAGUCUGGUGGGAACAGCCUAUUUGCUGGCAAUGCUAACAUCAGUAUGGCAUUGUCUAACGACAUGUAUGAUUUGCAUGACCUUUCCAAAGCUGAGCUGGCAGCCCCUCAGCUUAUUAUGUUGGCAAAUGUGGCCUUGACAGGGGAAGUUAAUGGCAGCUGCUGUGAUUACCUGGUUGGAGAAGAGAGGCAAAUGGCUGAAUUGACAACUGUAGGUGACAGCAACUUUUCAGACAGUGAUGGAGAGGAUAUGGAAGAUACACAGGGAGUGGACAGUGACCCUGAUGAACCUGAAAACAUGGAAUUAGGGGCUCUUGAAAUUCCUAGUGUGGAAACCCAGGGUCCAGCUGUUUGCCCUACUCCUGAGGCUUGCAAUCUGGACAAGGACCUCCCAUUGGAAGCACCAGAUACUCCUGAGAGUGUGGAGGACAAAUCUAAAAGCUUGAAGAGCAAGCCAUUUCGUUGCAAACCAUGCCAGUAUGAGGCAGAGUGCGAGGAAGAGUUUGUGCAUCACAUUAGGGUUCACAGUGCCAAAAAAUUCAUUGUAGAAGAAAAUGCAGAGAAGCAAGUCCAGGUCAAAGAAUCUGAUUCUUGCACCACAGAAGAGGCAGAUUUCUCUAAGGGGCCUAUUCGUUGUGAUCGUUGUGGCUAUAACACUAACAGAUAUGAUCACUAUCUGGCUCACUUGAAACACCACAACAAAGCAGGAGAAAAUGAGAGAGUCUACAAGUGCACCAUAUGCACUUAUACUACAGUCAGUGAAUAUCAUUGGAAGAAACAUCUAAGAAAUCAUUUUCCUAGGAAGGUGUACACAUGCUCCCAGUGUUCCUAUUUUUCAGAUAGGAAGAACAAUUAUAUUCAACAUAUUCGAACUCAUACAGGAGAGCGUCCCUAUCAAUGUGCUAUGUGUCCCUAUUCAAGUUCUCAGAAGACUCAUUUAACCAGGCACAUGCGAACUCAUUCAGGUGAGAAGCCAUUUAAAUGUGAUCAGUGCAGCUAUGUGGCCUCAAACCAGCAUGAAGUAACUCGUCAUGCAAGGCAGGUUCACAAUGGGCCCAAACCUCUGACUUGCCCACACUGUGACUACAAAACAGCUGACCGAAGUAACUUCAAAAAGCAUGUAGAGCUCCAUGUCAACCCACGCCAGUUCCUUUGUCCUGUCUGUGAUUAUGCUGCAUCCAAGAAAUGUAACCUGCAGUAUCACAUCAAAUCCAGACAUCCUGAUUGUUCGGAUAUCACAAUGGAUGUUUCCAAAGUGAAACUACGGACUAAAAAGAGUGAAACUGACUUUUCUGAAAGCGUGAAUGACAAGAUGGAGAAAGAGCAAAUGAAAGGAGAGUCAUCUGAAAAGAAAAAUGAGGGAGCUGUAAAAGUGGAGAAAAAAGAGAGCUUAUCAAAAGAAAAGAAACCAGCCAGCAGUAUUUGUGUAGGCCAGGUGACAACCAGGAGUCGUAAAUCAGCUUCUGAAAACAAAGAUGUAGAUAUUAAAAGUGACAAAAGUACAGAGAAAUCAAGUAAAACAAAGAAGACUAAAAGAAAAGCAGAGGCUGCAUUAGUUUCCUCUAAGCAAGAGCCUGAAAAUGACACACAAACAAUAGCAAAAAAGAAAAAGAAAGUGGAAAAUAAAUCCAGAAACUGUCAGGAAGCUCAAAAGAGUGAAGUCAAAUUGGAGGUGCCUAAAAAACUGAACUCUUGCCUUAAGAAAAACAGAAAAAAGAAAGCUUUGAAGAAUAAGCAUAGUAAGAAAAGCAAUAAACUUGAUCAGGAAAAGAUCCAAGGUGAGGUAAUCCCUGAAAAGUCUCCUCUCCCAGAACAGGACAAAAAGGGGAAGUCUGACAGUGAUGGGAAUGACGAGCAGAAGAAGCCAGAUCCUGUUGUUAGUCCACAGUUAGUGAACACUGACAGCCAGAUUCCUGAUAGGGAAAGCCAGACUACUGAUGGAGAAUGUGUGCAGGACCAGGGACAACUUCCCCCACAGCUUCGGGAUGAAAAUGUAGAGCCGGAGGUAAAAGACCAAGAAAUGCUCACUUUAGAGGAGGAGAAUAAAGAAACUGUUUAUCAGAAAGAAGUUGAAGAACAGCCAGAUAAAGAGCAGGCCACUUGCUCUGAGGAGUCUCCUAGCACAUCAUCCUCUCAACAAAACCUAGAUGUGCCAAAGGAUGCAUUACCAGAUUUGGCGCAUCAGCUGGAGCUGGUGAAAACUUGUGAGACAGAAACUGUGACUAAUCCAGAUCCCGUAGAUCUGUCUAAAACAGACUUGCCAGCUGAAGAACCAGCACCACCACCACCACAAUCACCAGAAAAAUGUGAGCAAGACCCUAAAGAAGCUCUGGCUUUGUCAUCUGCAGAUAACAUGGCAGUGAAUGAAUCUCAGGAAAUUGACGAGGACGAAGGCAUCCACAGUCAUGAUGGCAGUGAUAUAAGUGACAACAUGUCAGAAGGAAGUGAUGAUUCCGGGUUAAAUGGUGCUCGGUCUGUGCCAGAGGAAACAAGUAACAAAGCAUCACAGGAAGCUGCAGAAGCCAAGGUUGCAAAGGAGAACUAUGUGUGUAUUUUUUGUGACCGCUCAUUUAAAAAAGAAGGCGAAUACAGUAAGCACCUCAAUCGCCACUUAGUGAACGUGUAUUAUCUUGAGAAGGCAACAAAGGGGCAGGAAUAACUAAAUUUCAGUUUG